CAGUAAACCAGUCUCGAAGUGGCAUUUGAAAUUUUUGUUAUUUAUUAAAUUUUUUCGUCGAAAGGAUGCAAAAGCAGAUAUUCCAUACUCCUUUCAAUUCAGCACUCACUCAAAUUGACGUUGACAAUCAAGUUCUAGGUUAAGUUGCUUCCCUUGCUUGUUUGCAUAAAACCUCGGUUGAGCUGCACAAAUACGGACUUGCUCUGACAGCUGCCACUCUUGCAGUUAUUUUCGGUGUUUGGGGUUGUGUUUCGUCAGAUUUUUUUCCUAAUUUAUUGCUACGAUUAUUUAGAAACCAUGGGUGGCAAGGCGAAGCAAACGCAGCGCACUAAGAACAAUGCGAGGCCGUCGAACAGUGGACGGAGCGCAGAACUCUUAGGAUCAACAGUGCCAUCAUUCGUUGGCUUCUCUGCACAUUCAGGACUGGGCAUCGUGCCUGUGGCCCCUGGAUUUCUCCUGGAGCCACUUCCAGAUAAUUUCGACUCAAACAUCGACCCUCAGUUUCAGGUGGUCUUGCGCAAAAUGUCCAAGAAAGAUCCAGUGACAAAAACCAAAGCGCUUCAAGAAUUUGUUGAAUUAGUCAAAAGCUCCGACAUCGCGACAGUGAAAGCGAUCCUCCCACUGUGGCCAAAGUUCUACCAUAGCGUGGCAAAUGACAUUGAGCACAGAGUUCGCGAGGCAUCGCAGCAGGCUCAACUGGCAGUGGUGGAAGUUGCCGGGAAAAACAUCGCACCAGUCCUGAAGCAGUUAGUGCCAGUAUGGAUCACCAGCCAAUUCGAUGCUUACCCUCCAGCGGCAAACUUGGCGUCGCAGUCUUUCAAGAAUGCUUUCCCACCGAACAAGCAAAAGGAAGUGUUCGCGUUUUGUCAGGCAGAGAUAAUGGAUUAUCUAGUGAGGAACCUGGUGGUACACACAGCCGCAACUUUGUGCAAUUCAAAGGUCUUGACAGAGAAAGAAAUCGAAAGCAAAUACGAAAGAGUAGUUAGUUCGAAUCUUCGCGGGUACGCACUGUACCUGACGAAGAUAGAGCAGAUCAAAGCCUUGGAGGUCAAAGCCAAGCAUCAAGACAUUCUUCAAAGCAAGAAAUUUUGGAAUUUCGCUAAGCAUGAUGAUGCAAAUGUAAGAGCUGCAUGGUAUGAAUGUUUGUCUUCUCUUUUACAAAAUGCGCCUGAGCUGUUAGCGGAUCACAAGCAACAGACGAUCGAUGUUGUAUUUCAACAUAUAGCUGACACGGAUCCCGGUGUUCUUCCUUACGUAUGGAGCUGUGUGUUGUUAGUCCAGGAAGUGUUCGAUGAUUGGUACAACUAUGCAAAUUUCAAAAAAGUUAUUUUGCCGAAAUUUUCACUUUUACUGAAGAAUGGAGGUUUCGGAAAUGCUACUGCACUUUGUCCGCAUUAUUUGCCAUUUAUUUCGAAACUAUCAGAAGGAAAUAUUCAAGGUUAUUCACUUGAAGAGUUUUAUGAUGAUUUCUUUGGGACAAUAAAAACAUGGCUUAUGUCAAUACAACAAAAUUUGACAAGCAAAUCUGAAAUUUCGGCAAAUGUUAGUGCAUUUUUCGAAUGUCUGCGAUAUGUGAUACAAAAGAAAUCUAUGAAUAAAUCAAAUGGAGAUCGAGAGGUAGCUUAUUCUCAAAAGUUGUUGGAUGAUUAUGUGAAUGACUUGAUUACAUGGAACGUAAAUAAUGAUAAUCAAAUAUCGAAAUAUUUGUACGGCGAAAUUUCGAAUUGUGUGACAAGCUGGUCACAAAAUGUAAAUGCAUCCAAAGUAUUUUCAGCUUUAACGAAAUCAUUCUGGAACAAUUUAGCUACUUUAGUACAAACGUUUGAAACUCAGGAAGCAAUAGACAAGAAGCUUGAUCGCCUAAUAGAAUUGAUUGGUUGUCUGACCGCUUGCUCACAGAAACCCGCUCCUAACAGAGUUAAAUUUCUACUAGACGAGGCAGCCGUGGAUAAGAAGGAAAACAAUACAAACAAAAAUUCUGUUUUGCAUGCAGAAUUGAAACCAAUUUGCAUGAACCUGGCGAAAAUUAUUAUUAGUAGAACUAUAAAUGGGAAUAACCAAUUUAUAACUCAUUUGAAAAGUCUGUGUGAAAUGUUUAACGACAUUGAAUUCUACGAAAAAAUUUCGACGAAGGAGGAUUUGUAUUCAACUUUGAACAUACUGAAAGAUUGGCUUCUACGAGACGAUUCGUCAGAAAUAAUAAUUGACAUAAUCUUCGGAAUUUUGAACCAUUUACCUGGAGAUCGACGAACAAAUUAUCUCGGAGAUUUACUCAAGGUGAACAGUACUUCGGUACAACAGUGGACACUGCAACGCCUUUUGUCAUAUCCAUUAUGUCUUGAAGCGGAGACUCGAAAUCUACUUUCACAGAAAUAUGUUUCGGAUAUUAUUCUUGAAAUCGCGAAGGAAACAAUAAUUGAAAAUUCGAAGGAGAAAUUAAAUUUAUUGCAAAAAUGUUUCUUUCAAAAUGAAUCAGGAGAUAUUUUGAUCAGUAAAGACACUGUCCGUGGCAUCAUAAAUACUGUAUCAGAGCCCAUGGUCAACGAAGCUUAUAUUGACAUGAUGGACACCUGCGCAAGCUUCAUUGCUCAAAUUAUGCCCGUUAUUUGUUCCAAGAACUCGACCAGUGAUUUACAACGUGAAGUAUUUUUGAAGCUCUUUGCAUUCAGCAUAAAUAUGAACAAAAAUAAUCAACUGUCAGAAGACACCCUGUGGGAAAUCACAACAUGUUGGCAGGAUGCUAUAUCGAGUGAGGAUAUAGAUCUUGAUGAUGAGCUUAUUACAAAGUGCACCGAUUUAAUUCAUAAGCGACUGGUCAAUGACAAUUUGUUAAGUGAAGAUGUACUGCACAUUGCUAAGAUGGCAUCACAUUUACUUUCCUGCUCAAACGAAGUUUGUGAAAAUGAUGAAGAAAAACAAGCAAAAGUUAUAUCGUUCUUGAGAAUUAUGUUCCAGUAUGAUAUUGGGAAAAAUGUGCGUAAAUUAGAAAAUUAUUGCCUAUACACGGAAUGUUUACAUGAUACACUCACUCCGAGAAAUAUUGAAGCCCUGGAAGAGUUUGAUUGCAAAGAUAUUAAGACACUAUUUACAAUUUUCUACUUCCGACUUUCUCUCAUGUUUUUACUGACGUGUGACACAAAACCAAACAUAAAAUCAGAAUUUGUUGACCAAUAUGAAGAUGGCAGUAUUAAGGAUGAUUUAGAGAGUGCAGAUGAUUACAGAGAAGUUACAGAGAAGGUGAUAAAAAUUUGGUCGGAGGAAAUAUAUGAGUACGUUCUAAAUGCGAUGAAAAUUACAGCAGUAGGAUCAUCAUUGGCGAACGUCUAUGAUUUGGUUAACAGUGACGUUGCAGCAAUUAUCUCAAGCAUGGUAGAUACUGCAGAUGUAUUCCUUAACGAUAUCGCGGACGAACAACGUACUGCUUUGGAGAAAAAAGUUUUGACGAACGUAAUUUCGGGAGAUGAAUUAUCGGCUAAAUUGCUUGCAUUUUUUGUGAAUUGUAAACCGUAUACUGAAAGUGAGAACAGCUCCGUACUGAUCUAUAGAAAAUCUAUAGACAGUUUGCCAGUGCAGAAUUCUUUAGUGCACGUUCACAUCCUGCAGGCGCUUCUUCCAACGCUACCAGUACGAUCCCUGCCCGUGAAAAUAGAAUAUUUUUCUGAUGAUGUUGAUAUCCUGGCUCGUGUCGCAACAUUGCGAGCAUAUAUUGAAAACUACUUUUCCAAUGAAAACAAUGCCAUCUCCGAUAAAAAAGUAAUAGAACUAUGCCAUGACCUACUAUCAGAGAUAGCUGCCCGACAGAAAUCAUCCAGUGAAUUCUUAUUAUAUAAUAAGAAUGUAAGCGAGCUACCAUUUGAGGAAGUAUUAAUUGCAGCUGAAAUAGCCAAAUUAUUGACCGAGGUAUUGACUAAUUUCCCCACGGAGCUGACAGUACCUCAUUGGGAUUUUAUUCGUAUAGCAUUGAGCUCCUGGAUUCUUAUGAUUUCGAAAGCUAUCGAUUCCGUAAAAUUACCACAGGUUUCAGUAUUCAUAUCUGCUGUUUAUAAGCUGCACACUGCAAUGUUCCAAUUUUUCGUCGAGGAAAAACAAAAAAGUUCCACUGUUAUGUUAACAAAUGUCAUUGAUGAAUGGGAAAACUUAUUCGCUUUAGAAACGAGUCUUGUACUCUUCAAAUCCUUUCACUCUUUGCUGUCAUCCUCUGAUAAAGCCUCUAUUGGUGAGAAUAUCUUCUAUGAUGCUGUAUGUCCUCUAAUGGAGCAAUUGGAUUAUGGUCUUAUAUUUGACGCCUGCCAGAAAGGAUUCCAGAUAUCUCUGGAUGAUUGCAUCAAUUUUCUGUUGGACAAAUGCUUUAACCAAAAGCAUUAUAUUCGAAUAAGUGCUGUGGGAAUUUUUCGUAAACUACUAAAACAUCUAGUGAAAAAGGACAGUGAAAAGUUAGAUAAACGAUCCGAAACUGUAGAAAAAGUAGAAGACGACAAUUGGCAUUUAUUGUGCAAAAUGCAUCCAUUUUUGAGCAAAUAUGAGAAAGCGGUGAAUGAAUAUCUGCAAGAUUUCAGUUAUAAGCUAAACGAAGUUUGUGGGUUAUCACCUGUCGAACAUGAAGUGAUGAUGGGAUAUUUGCUUUUAUGGGAUUGUGUGAUCUUGGCGUGUUCGAAAGCGUCAGCAGAACUCAGAUCGUUCUAUGCCCAGUGGAUAACUAUACACCAAUUUGAACAGUCAAUAUUACAAUUUUUAAUACGUUCAAUGCCGAUAGAAAUACUGAAGAAUUACGACUCAAAAAUAGUAAACAAUGACAUAUUCAAACAACUCGAUUGGAACCAAAUUAAAGAUAAAAAUUUAUUAUUCGAACGAUAUGCAUGCCAUCUUUAUACACAGAUGUUGCGGCAUUUGCCUGCAGUUGUACGAAAAUGGUGGAAUGAAUCAAAUGUUCGUCAGAAAACAUUUGUUGAUAAGUUAACAACAAACUAUGUAUCGAACUUAUUAUGCCAAGAAGAGCUUCGUGCAAUAACAAAUAAGAAGGAGAAACAUGAAAACAUGCAAAUAACUGUACACAACUCGACUCGAGAAGUAAUUGCCGUAUACAGUAUCGACGAAGCAAAAAUGGAAUUAGUCAUUUCCUUGGCUCCGAAUCAUCCACUAGGAUCGGCAAAAAUUGAAAGUGAAAAACAGAUAGGUGGCCGUCUACAGUCUCGAGUGGUGGUUCGACAACUUACUAUUUUCCUGACACAUCAGAAUGGCUCAAUCUUUGAUGUUUUGUCCUUAUGGAAAAAGAAUUUGGACAAGAAAUUCGAAGGAGUCGAAGAAUGUUAUGUUUGUUACAGUGUUAUACAUCAGGAUACGUGCCAAUUGCCAAAAUUAUCUUGCAAGACUUGUCGCAAGAAAUUCCACAGUCCAUGCCUGUACAAAUGGUUCACCACAAGUAGCAAAUCAACGUGCCCAAUAUGUAGAAAUGUUUUCUAAGUUCCCAAUAAGAAAAAAAGAACUACACAAAAUUUGACGUGUGAAAAAAUUAUAAAUAGUUAAAUAUAAUUUAAAAACACUAUA